AAAUGCAACAAGUUGCUGUUCCUUUCAACAGUACUCACUGGCCCCAACCUAUCCCGUUCCAUCCGAUUAACAGAUAGGAAUUAUCACCCUUCACCUACUACACAUCCUCACAUAUCUACUAUCACUAUAGUACCCCUUAUCUAUCCAAUUCUAUGGUUGCGACAAAGCCUUGUCAUAACUGUCGCCGCCGUCGCAUUAGGUGCGAUCGUUCUGUUCCCGGAUGCCACAAAUGUACGAGCACCGGACGAGAGUGCUCCGGGUAUGGUAAACUGUAUAAGUGGGUUGAUAAUGCAGCAUCCCGCAGCCAAGUGACCAAGAAGGAUCCCGCGGAUCUAAUUCCGGAAACGAGGGAGCCUCUCACACCCGAAUCUGACGUCAAAGGCUACGUCGAACAAACACGGGUGGUGGCAUAUCAGGAAGUUGAACAUUGGUCUAAUCCCCUGAACUUCUCAUUGCUGGACCCACUAUUCCAAGACCUCGGAGUAUCAUCACGACAUUAUCUAAAUUACUAUGCCGUCCGUUUUUGCCAAGACCUGAUUGUAUAUGAUGCCCCUCAGUACGGCGCCAAUCCUUUCAGGGACCUGGUUCCUAUGUCUCAGGAGUACCCAUUUCUCCGCGAGAUCGUCAUCGCAGCAUCCGCGUUGCAUUUUUGGAACACCAAGCGCUGGAACAAAAAUCCGCAACCAGCAGCUGACGCUCUAGUUGAUGCCUUGCGUGCACGGCAUAAAGCUAUCAAGUCACUACAGACUACGCUAGACCGUCUAAAAGCCGCCGGUGAUGUUGAUGUUGACGAUGUACAGAAAGACGCUUUAUUAGCUGCUGUUCUCUUCUUCGUCAACUUUGCGCUUGUCGACUCGGGAAAAGGUGGCUGGCGAGCUCACAUGGGUUUCGUCGGCAAACUCCUUAGUCUGCGAAGGUCCAGCAGUUCCCAACGUAAAGAGUUAGAUUUCACUGAGGAGUUGCAAUCAGAUACCCAAUCCCUUUUAACCCUCUCAACUUUUGAACCUCUUAUUCCCUACGCUUUAUCUUAUCCCCCCAUCCCACUCUCAACGACUUUAUGUGUUCGUGAUUACAUUGCCUCUGACUCGGUGGCUUAUUAUAUCUGGAGCAGUGCGCUGGAUUCACUUGUGUCGUCGACAAAUGAGAGUAUCCCAAGCUACUCAGCAUCAAACGAAGACGAUAUUGAUAUCCUACCAAUUCUUUUCCGUACCGAGGCCAACAGUUAUCAUAGCUGCCCUUCUCGUUUACUGUAUGCUGUAUUCCGGACUUCGCAAUUAGCGAGGGAUAUCAAGGCCAACGAGACUAGCAUGCUGAAUGAUAGGCAAGUGCAAUCAUGCCUUGAAAUCCUUAAAGGGGUCCAAGUGUUUGAUACCAAUGCCUGGGCAGAGGGUAUAUGCGCCAAAAUUGCUGCAGAGGUGGGAUACCUGGACGAAACUGAGCUGGAGUAUCGUAGGCAUAUCGGCAAUACUUUUCGCGCAGCAGUAUGCCUGUAUGUUCUUCUAAUCGCUCCUAACCUAGCAGGCCAAGUCACUCGACAUGCAUCGCUCAGUGAGCUCGGGGAAGAUGUUUUAUCCAACCUUCCCAACACUGCAGAACUCACAAACACGAUUUUAUACCAUCUUUCAUUUAUACCUACCGACAGCCCCUUAUUCAAAUCUGGUACCUGGGCUGUAUUCCUGACGGGUAUCGAGACAGCAAAUCCAGCCCAUAGAGCAUGGGUGCUAGAUCGAUUCCGGGAGUACAGAGUUAUCUGUCCCUGGGGGAUGAUCACGUCAACAAUGGAGACAUUGGUGGAGAUGUGGCAAAUGAGAGAUAACACACCAGUCGAGGGAUUGGAUACCGGCAAAAGGCUCAGUGAAGAAUUUACCACAUCGCGAGAAAGGGACAAUAUAAAUUGGCUGAUACAGCUGCAAGGCUUAAAUAUUGAUUGCUUGAUUGUAUGAUGUUGGAUACACCGAUUUUCGAGACUCUAAGCUUCGAAACUAGACGAAUGGGCCAUGUCUUAGAAAACGGUAGC